AUGGCCGCAGAUAACGACGACAGUGACAUCGAGGUCAUUGAACUGGAUACCUCGACCGAGGACGUCGAGCUGGAAAUAGUGGAAGUCGCCAAGCCACCGGCGCCCAAGAAGAAGCGCUCCGAGUUUCCGCCACAACUGCAGAAGCGCAUCCCGAUGUUGUACGCGGCUGAGAAUGGCAACAUCUUUUGGGCCCUCGACUCGCUCAUCUAUCACCACUUCGAGUCGCGCACGUUCCGUCUACAAGAGCCGGCGCUGCACAGGAAAUGGCAGAUCAGGGCUGCCGAACAAGGGCUAGUGCCGACUACAAACGCCGAGUCAUCCCAUUUCUCGAAACAGCAAGCUCGGCUGGAAGACAAGAAGAAAAUUGCGGACGCCCGGUUCAACGCGCGUUCCACGGCUCUGCCGAAGAGCUACGUCUACCCGUUGCAUCAGGAGAAGGUCCCGCCACCUGAAUUCCGGGAAAAGGACGAGGAUGCUGUCGUUGACACGAUCGAAUUCAUUUGCGAGCUGGCUGACGACAGCACGGCCGCCCGUCAAGAAGCACUUCAGCUGAAGCGCGUCUACGCGAAUUAUCAGCUGAAAAAGGCGGCGCCGGCAUGCACUUUGGAAGAGCUUCGGCACGAAAUCGUGGAGGGCGCCCGCUGGCGCUUGGGAAUGUCGCUGAGCACGCAGAUCAUCGGCCCAUCACUCGCCACACUUUCGAACUGGCUGAGCCUGGCCCCGGAUCGCGAGCUGUUUUCAAACGUCGGUGAGCCGGUCGCCCUGCUCCGUGACGUCGAGCCCGAUCCGGAGAGGUUUGAAGUGCGAGCCGUGAUGGAGAAUAUGCUUGAUAUGCUCUCCGACUUCUCCGCGAAUCGUCAGGACCACAUGGCGGCGGUGGUGAAGGAGCUGAAUCUGAGGAUGUACACUGGAACCGAGCAUCAACAGCCCUCCACUAGCCAGCAAUCCGCUUCUGACGCCAUCUGGGUCGGGUAUCCGCUUGCACAUCCUUGCGUCUACAAAUUCUCACAAGCCGCCCAGAUUGAGCGAUGUGUCGACGCAGAGGUGGCGAAGGCGCUUUUCGAAGUGGUUGAUUUGGUGGCCAUCGUCGAAGCGGACAACGCGCUGAACGCCGUCACCUUUGGCCAGCAGUGCCUGAACGACGCGAACUAUUGCCGCUACACCGAGGAGCAACAGCUGGAGCUAGCCCGGGCGGGUAUUCCGAAGAAGAGCCGCGCGCAGCUGAAGCGGCUUUUGGCGUCGUACGGUGAUGACGAGGUGGAAAUUUUCGAGUCGUCGCCGCCGGCCCCCAAGCGCAAACGAACCCGAUUCAGCGAGCACCGGGACGAGUACGCUCCCGUGCUGACGUCGACGGCAAAGCGGCAAGCAAUCCAGGUUAUGAUCGAUGACGCCGACACGAUGGAGGAGGCUUUGCAACUGGCGAAAACAGCCGGGCUCGAUGAUGAGGGCGUGCGUACGGUCACCUACAUGAUGCACCGGAAGCUGAAGGACCUGCAGAAGGUCUUCAAGGCCAGAAUUGCGGCAAGCCGCGCCGGCGAAUACGACCAUCCGGAUCGGAUCAAGCGCGCCAAGCCCUUGCCAAAGACGUACGGCGUCCGUGACUAUUCGGCCCUGUCGCGCUACAACCGGCCCGGCGCGCAGCGUGCACCACUUCAGAAUCAGCCGUCGCCGUGGCAGGUUCCGCCCACUUUUUCACAGCCCCCUCCACCAGUGCGGUUCGCGCAUCUCGCCCAGCCGUCCUACCAUCAACAGCCUCCCCAAAUGGCCGCCCCGCACUACCAGCAGCAGCAGAUGCCGGCCGUUCCCCCGUACGGCGCCUCCCCGAUGGUCCAGCAUCAUCAAAUGUCCUUCUACCAGGGCACCAACCUGCCGCCAUUGAAUGGACACCAGCAGAUGCCGAUACAAACGCACGUCCCGCCACCGUCGAUGACAAUUCCGCACCCGGUCCCGCCCCAAGUCGCCAUCCCGCAACCCCGAAUGCAGACACUCGCCGAUGUUCUAUCGAGGCCCUACGAGACGAUCGAGAUCGUGUCCUCAUCGCCAUCCACCUCAACAACUAGCGCCAACCCCGCCUACCAGGACCAGGUUUUUGAGCGUGAGGUGCAACGCCGCGUCGAGGCCGAGCUGCGCAAACGGCUGGGCGGCGAGUCGCGCUCGGUGGAUGAGCAUGACUUCGAGAAGCGCAAGGAUCAUCACUGGGGUCUCAUCGAGACGAAGGAGAAGGCCGAGCGCAGGGUGGCCGGGCUGGAAGAGCAGAUCCAGAAAAAGAAGGAGUUUCUGCUACAACAAAUGGAGGCCGAGUCGAAGGCGAAGCGAGCACGAGAAGAAGAGGAGCGUCAGAUGGCCGAGAUGAAGACCCGAACGCAGGAGGUGUGGCGCCGCGAGGUCGAGAAUGGAGUGCAACAAGCCAAACAAGCGGCCGCCGAUGCGUAUCGGGAGACGUUGCGCGAGCUCGAGCGAAAGAAGCGCAACGUGGAGACCGAGCUGCGCAUCCAGCAGCACCGCCUCAAGAACAACGUCCGCACGCCGAAGGUCGAGGCCGUGGUUGUUAGGCAGCCAUCACCACCCCCAUCAACUUCUACCGCCUUGCCGAGCGCCCGCCGCGCCGGCUUCAUCAAGGCCGAGGUGGUCGACCUGACGUCGGAGGAUGACGUCGAAUUCAUCGAU